UAUGCAUUUCAUUGUUACAGGCUACAAGCUUAACAUUCAGUGAUAAAUCAUGCAUCUCUAUGCCAUCUAUCGAUCUAAAAGCGACUCGAUCCAGAAGCCAAUACGUUGUUUGCAUGUCAGUGCAACAUGCUAGCAAAGCCAAGGUUUCAGUUUCACCUUUAUCACUUGAAGAUGCAAAAGAACCACCCUUGAAUAUCUACAAGCCCAAGGAACCAUACACAGCGACAAUUGUCUCAGUUGAAAGAAUUGUAGGCCCAAAAGCUCCCGGGGAGACUUGUCAUAUUGUCAUUGAUCAUGAUGGCAACCUUCCUUACUGGGAAGGACAAAGUUAUGGUGUCGUUCCUCCUGGUGAAAACCCUAAGAAACCAGGGAGUCCCCACAAUGUUCGUCUAUAUUCAAUUGCAUCCACCAGAUAUGGGGUCUUUGAUGGGAAAACGGCCAGCUUGUGUGUCAGACGAGCUGUCUACUAUGAUCCUGAGACAGGAAAGGAAGACCCAUCCAAAAAUGGUGUUUGCAGUAACUUCCUAUGCAAUGCGAAGCCUGGUGACAAAGUGAAGAUCACAGGUCCUUCUGGUAAGAUAAUGCUUCUACCUGAAAAUAAUCCUAAUGCCACACACAUCAUGAUUGGAACUGGAACUGGUGUGGCUCCCUUCAGAGGCUACCUUCGUCGUAUGUUCAUGGAGUCAGUUCCAAUGAAGUUUAAUGGCCUUGCUUGGCUUUUCCUUGGGGUUGCAAACACUGACAGCCUUCUAUACGACGAUGAGUUCACCAAGUAUCUCAAUGACUACCCAGGCAAUUUCAGAUAUGACCGUGCUCUUAGCCGAGAACAAAAGAACAAUAAAGGGGAGAUGUAUGUUCAGGAUAAAAUUGAGGAAUACAGCGAUGAGAUCUUCAAACUUCUGGAUGAAGGGGCCCACAUCUAUUUCUGCGGGUUGAAGGGUAUGAUGCCUGGCAUCCAGGAUACCCUGAAGAGAGUUGCUGAAGAGAGAGGUGAGAGCUGGGAGCAGAAGCUUUCACAACUCAAAAAGAACAAGCAAUGGCAUGUUGAAGUCUACUAAAUAGGAAAUGUUAAUUGUUGCAUUUGUUUGUGAUUGUUGAUUGUUGUCAACUGAACUUAGCAAGCAGUUUAGAUGACACAUUGUAUUGCUAGUUGACAUACAAAUUGUUCAUGUUGCAUGGGAAAUGAAAUAAUAACUGUUGCUGCUUGAGGCAGUUUACCUUG